GAAGAAGCCGAGAGGACGCAGCGGGUAAGGCGGAGGGAAGUUGGAGGGGGAAGCCUGUCCCUCGGCUGGGUCUGGUCGAGGAAGCGGCGGAGAACAGCAGGAGCAAGAUGAGUCUGAAGUCAGAACGCCGAGGGAUCCAUGUUGAUCAGUCGGAGUUGCUCUGCAAAAAAGGAUGUGGUUACUAUGGUAACCCAGCUUGGCAGGGCUUCUGCUCCAAGUGCUGGAGAGAAGAGUACCAAAAGGCCAAGCAGAAGCAAAUCCAGGAAGACUGGGAGCUUGCUGAGAGGCUGCAGCGUGAGGAAGAAGAGGCCUACGCUAAUACUCAUGGGGCUCAAUCACUUACUUUCACAAAAUUUGAGGAAAAAAAAACAAGUGAGAAGCUGCGGAAGGUGGCAACUGUGAAGAAAUUUUUUGGAGCAUCUUCGCGUCCUGGAACUAAGAAGG